AGAACACUUCAAUUGCUGAUUUUUACAGAAAUACAAUUUAGAAUUGGAGAAGAAGGCACAAAUGUUGUCAGAUGAAUGUCGUGUUGGACAUGAUUCAGCUGAGGAAAGACAGAUUCCAUCAUUUCCAUAUGUUGGACAAAAUUGGGCCGGUGCAGAGAGUGUGGAAAUUGGAUUCAAGAAGUGGUUGGAUGGACAUAAACAUUAUGAUUACUUCAGAAGUUAUUGUACUGAAGGUGAAUGCAAUUCGUAUGCACAGAUUGUCUGGGAAAUGACUACUGAUAUUGGAUGUAGUGUCACCAAAUGUUCGAAUUCUCUUUAUGAACUAAGCAUUGUGUGCAAUUACGGACCUGGCGGGAAUUACAUCGAGCGUAAACCAUACAAAACAAACGUAUCUGAAAACGAACACAAGAAAAAUAAAGCGCAAAGUAUUGAAGAAAAAAAAAGUCAAACAAAAACCACAAGUUAUCUAUCUAAAUUUAAUGGUGAAUGUACUUAUGGUACAUAA